AUGUCAACCGCAGCUGCGCGCAGAGGGUCCUUCCCUCGCCCAAAGGGCCGUUCUCAACAAGCACAAGACGACACCGAAGAGGUACGAGCGCUUCGUGCCAAAUACUCGGAUCAGCUCGGCAUGAUUCGAGAGCUCUUCCCCACUUGGACCGACGAAGACCUCCUCUUUGCUCUCCAGGACUCUCUGGGUGACGUCGAGAACGCCGUUGUGCGCAUCUCCGAAGGACAGGUCGAACAGUUCUCGUCAGUCAAGUCAAAGAAGCAGGUCAAGAAGGAGUCCGGCUCCCACCACGUCGCUCCCGCUCCUCACACCUCUUCUGCCGCUGCUCCCUCAGCUACACCUCACGCUGCCCGAGGCAACCAUGUAGGUGUUGCUGCUGGUGCUGGUCGCGGCCGCGGUGGCGCUUCCGUGCGAGGUGCUCGAGGCGGUCGUGGCGGCUUCCGUGGCGUCGGUGGUCGGGGCGGCGGUAUUGCUCCUCAGGCCAACGGACACGAACUCAAGACCCCCGAGACCCAGACCACCGAGGCUACCACCGCUCAGGCUUUCGCUCCUAUCGCCACCCCCACGUCCGGAACCAGCUGGGCUGCCGCUCUCGGCAGGGCCAACAACAAGUCGCAGCCCGCUGCCGCCGCUGCUGCUCCCCUUGCUCCUGCUCCAGCCAUCGCCCAGGAGAUCACCGAACCUGUCGUCGCACCUUCGCAACCAGCUGCGCCUGCGGCUGCGGCUCCUGCUGAGGAGACGGUUGCGCCUCAGGCUACAGAGGCGGCCACCACGACCACCGCUCUUCCUUCGUCCACCGAGACCUCGACACCUGCCGUCAAGGUCCCUGCCCCCUCCAAGCCUACGCCCAAGGCUGGCGGUAUGAGCUGGGCUCAGAUCGCACGCAAGACCGAGACCCCCAAGCCUGCUGCUGCUCCCGUCGCCGCGGCAGCUCCAUCAUCGGAAUCCGAGCCCAUCGCUCCUGUAUCCGACGCUAUCAGCGCCACUGAGCCCGUUGCUGCUCAGUCCGCCGCAGAGGUCGAGCCGGCCUCCACCGACGCUGCCCCCGUCGCAGCGCAGCUUCCUACCGAGACUGCACCCGCUGAGGCCGCCGCAGAGGCCGUUGCGCCCGUCGACGCUGCUCCUGCCGAAGAGAGCAUCCCCGCUGCGGCCGACGCCAAUGCUGCUGCCGUCGCUCCCCCUGGGCUUUCGAAAGCCGCUGCGCCUCGUGGUGCUGCCCAGCGAUCGUCGCAGCGUGCCCGCCAGGAUGCGCCCGUUGUCAUGGUUGGCGGCUCGUCGCAGUUCGACAAGCUCGGCGUCCAAUUUGGCUCGCUCAACUUCCUUGGCGGAGACGCUGACGAGGCGCCUGAGGCUGCCACCGAGGCUCCUGCCCACAAGACCGAGGCCGAGGCUGCUCCAGCCGCUGCCGCUACUUCGCCCGCGGCUCACCGACAAGAGGCCCAGGUCGCCCAGCCCCAAACCGACUCGUACAGCCAGCAGCAGCCUUCUGCCGCCCAGUACAACGGCUUCAAGUCGGACUCGUACGACAGCUCGUACGGCUUCACCGGCCAACCUCAGCAGCAGCAACAGCAACAGCAACAGCAGGCCGCUCCUCAGCAGCAGCAGUCUCAGGACCAGAUCCACGGCUACAACGGAUACAGCUCCCUCGGCCAGAGCCAGGCUACCUCGCAGGGUCAGUCGCAGGCUCAGCCUCAGCAGGGUCUCCACGACUACUCGUCCAUGUACGGUGGUCUCGACACCCAGCGACUUGCUCAGUUCUACGGCGCUUACGACCAAGGCUCCAACGCUUUCGGUCAGCGAUCCGACGACAAGUCGCAGUCGCAGGCCUCGCAGCAGGGCCAGCAGCAGUCGGCCUCGCAGCAGGACCAGAGCCAGCAGCCCCACCAGCACCAGGGUCACCAAGCCGGUCCCGGUCUUCACCAACAGCAGGCUCCUCAGCAGCAGUUCCCCGGCAUCAUGCCCUACUACUACCCCCACUACUACAUGCCCAACCAGUUCCAACACUACGGUCAGCCCGCUGCUGGUUACGGACAGUACCCCGUCUACGGCCAGCCCGCUGGUCAGCCCCAGAAGCCCGGCACUCCCGGCAGCGUUGCCUCGCCGUACAACCAGGGUCCUCAGUCGGAUGCCAGCGCGUACGGUGCGCAGAACCACUACGGCCAGACACCGAGCUCGGGCAACCUCUCGUCGUACGACCAGGGAUUCGGCCGCGGCGGCAUGCCCGGUCUCGGCGGCGUGUCGGACUACUCGAAGCUGUACGGCAACGCCAUCCCCGGUCUCGGUGGGUUCCUCGGCAGUGGCGCCGGCGGUGCUCCUCCUUCGCAGAACGCUGGUUCGACCAACGCAGCCACUGGCAACAACGGAACUCCCCACAUGAGCUCGCAACAAAAGUCGGGUGCUUCUUCCGGCAAUGCGCUGGAUAGCUACCGACAGUUCGACCCCAAUGCGUCCAAGGGCUCGAGCCAGUCGACGUCGGCCUCGAACCAGGUGGGCCGCGGUCAGACGCAGCAGGCGGGUCAGCAGCAGCAGGGCCAGCAACAGCAGCAGCAGGCGCAGCAGCAGCAGCAGCAACAGCAACAGCAGUACUACCAGCAGUACGGCGCCUACGGUCACCAGGCUACGAGCAACGCGUACUCCAACUACCCUUACGCUCGCCAGUACUGGGGCCAGUAA